GCCCCACAGUGCCCCAUAGAGCCCCACAGUGCCCCAUAGAAGCCCCAUAGAGCCCCACAGUGCCCCAUAAAGCCCCACAGUGUCCCGGCACGUCGCGGGCGCCAUUUUCAUAGUGAGGAAUAGCGUCACUUCCGGCAAGGUGGAUUGUGGGAUAUAACGCGGCAUAACGCGGCAUAACGCGGCAUCUGGAGGUCGCCAUUUUUGAUCAUGCGCAGUAGCGUCGCUUCCGGUAUGGUGCAUUAUGGGAUAUAACGUGGCAUAACGAGGCAUCUGGAGUUCGCCAUUUUGGUCAUGCGCAGUAGCGUCGCUUCCGGUAUGGUGCAUUGUGGGAUAUAACGCGGCAUAACGAGGCAUCCGGAGGUCGCCAUUUUGGUCAUGCGCAGUAGCGUCGCUUCCGGUAUGGUGCAUUGUGGGAUAUAACGAGGCAUCUGGAGGUCGCCAUUUUGAUCAUGCGCAGUAGCGUCGCUUCCGGUAUGGUGCAUUGUGGGAUAUAACGCGGCAUAACGAGGCAUCUGGAGGUCGCCAUUUUGAUCAUGCGCAGUAGCGUCGCUUCCGGCAAGGUGCAUUGCGGGAUAUAACGCCUCAUUUGGUGGGCGCCAUUUUGCUCGCGAGCAAUGGCGUCUUUUCCGGCGGAGGGGAUUGUGGGAUAUCAGUGAUACCGCCUUCUUAUUUCCGGUUCCGGCUGUGGGGGGUGCAGUUCUGUUUCCGGCUGCCCGUUUCCGGUGUUUCCGCCAUGGGGCUGCGGGGGGCUCGGGGGGUCCCGGUUGGACCCGGAACCGGCCGCUUAUUUACAACGGGAGUCACGAGGAGAUGGGGGAGGAGCCAGAGGGACCCCGCGCUCCAUAGAGACGCCCUGAGCCCCAUAGAGCCCCACAUGGAGCCUAGAAGGGAACGCGGCGCCAUUUUGGGGCCCAAUCCAGGCAACGGCAGCGGCGGGGUUUCCCCGAGGUCUCCUCUCUUCCUUAUAAGGAGCGGGGCGUGUCCUCGUGGGGGCGAGCCGGGAUGGCGGCUUCCUAUUGGCUGCCGAGCCGGCGGGGGAGCGGGGCCGAACGGCGCAUUCCCAUUGGCGAAUGGAAGGGGCGUGGCGGGAUGACGCGCUCCCAUUGGCUGCCAGAGGCGCGGCGCAGCGGAGCGAUGGCGGCGGCGGUGCUGAGCCGGGGCGGGGGCGGCGGGGCGGUUCUCUCAGCGCUGCUGGGUGCCCGGCGUCCUUACAGCAGCAUCUUUAGGGCAGCAGAGCUGCGUGUGGAGCACAGUCCCCACCCGAAGCCCAAGCCCCCCCCGGAGCACCUGAAAUUCGGUCAGGCCUUCACUGACCACAUGCUGACCAUCGAGUGGAGCCGGGCGGAUGGAUGGGGACCCCCCCACAUUCGCCCCUUCCAGGACCUGCGCCUGCACCCCGCGUCCUCUGCGCUUCACUAUGCUGUGGAGCUCUUUGAGGGCAUGAAGGCUUUCCGUGGUGCUGAUGACAAAAUCCGCCUUUUUCGCCCCGAACUGAACAUGGAACGGAUGGGGCGCUCAGCCCAGAGGGUCUGCCUGCCUCCCUUUGACCCCGUGGAGCUGCUGGAGUGCAUUCGUGCCUUGGUGAGGCUGGAGCAGGACUGGGUGCCGCGCUCUGAAGCUGCCAGUCUGUACAUCCGGCCCACCUACAUCGGCACCGAGCCAUCACUGGGGGUGGCCCCCCCCGGGCGGGCGCUGCUCUUCGUCAUCCUGUGCCCGGUGGGGCCCUAUUUCCCGGGGGGGCACUUCAGCCCCGUGGGGCUCCUGGCUGACCCCGAUCACGUCCGUGCCUGGCCGGGAGGGGCUGGGAACUGCAAACUGGGGGGGAACUACGGCCCCACCAUUGCGCUGCAGCAGCAGGCGCAGGCCAUGGGCUGCCAGCAGGUCCUGUGGCUGUACGGCCCCCAGCAGCUGCUGACCGAGGUGGGCACCAUGAACCUCUUCAUCUUCUGGCACCGCGAGGAUGGGGAGCUGGAGCUGGUGACCCCCCCAUUGGACGGGCUCAUCCUACCUGGGGUGAUACGGCAGAGCCUCCUGGACAUGGCACGGGAGUGGGGGGAGUUCGCAGUGCGGGAGGAGCCGCUGCCGAUGGAGACGGUGCUGGAGGCGCUGCAGGGGGGGCGGCUGAAGGAGAUGUUCGGUACCGGGACGGCGUGUGUGGUGUGCCCUGUGGGGGGCGUGCAGUACAAGGGGCAGUGGUUCCCCAUCCCCACAAUGGAGAACGGCCCUGAGCUGGCGCAGCGCUUCCUGCGAGCACUGAGCGACAUUCAGUAUGGCCGCACACCCAGCGAUUGGGCCCAGCCGCUGUGAUCCCCCCCCCCCGCUGACAUGGGACACUCCGGGGUAUCUGCCCCCCCUCCCCCCCCCUCCAGCAAUGCACCAAAAUCUCCUUGGGGGAGGGAGAGGGGAGGGGGGGCAAAUACCCCACCCCCAACUGAACCAAAUACGGAGGGGGAGCAGAUGUGGCCCUCCUAAAUAGAACGGGAGGAGGCACUAUCUGCCCCCCCCCCAACAUGCCAAAUACCUGCCAGGAAAGGGGGUUUGGUAUGGCCCCCCCCAGCACUCCAAAAUACUCCUAAGUGGGGACAGAAAUCCCCCCCCCAACACUCCAAAUACCCCCCGUGGGGGGCGGGGGCAGAAAUUCCCCCCUCAGCACUCCAAAAUAUCCCCUUGGGGGGGCAACCUCCUCCCUAAAGCACUCCUAUUGCCCCCUCCGGGGGGUAAAUCCUCCCCUGUGCAAUAUUUCCCCCCCCCAUGACAUUACGGGGGUGGGGGGGGGUGGCAAAACGGUACCCCCCCCCUCCAUAGUGCCUUCAUUGCACCUCCCCCUCAACAUUGCCCCCAUCUCACCCCUGCAGGCAGAGUGAUGGUGGGGGGCUGUUGUGGGGGGGGGGACUCUGCAGUGAUGCCUUAAGUGGAAAGACGCCCCCCCCUCCCCAAAUAAUAAAGUAAAAGGUCAAUGUGGGGGGGGGGGAGCCUUAAAAGUUAGGUCAAUGGUCACCUGAGGUCAGAAGAGGUCAUUAAUAAAUGCAAUUGUGUGAA